UAUCCCCAGACAUAGCAUUGAAAGCAAAGCGCACCAUUCAAUUCGACAGUUCAUCUCUUGUUCCACCAUCAUAUCUCCACAACGUCAGCAAUGGCUGAGGCCUUGGCUGCCAUCGGUGCCAUCGCGGCGGGCCUCCAGCUUGCCGAAGGCUCUGCAAGAGCUCUUAUAAAGACCAUCCGCAUCAUCAACGCACUUCGAGAGGUCCCUCAGAAACUAGCAAGAUACUUCCAAGAGAUCGAAGCAUCCACGACCCAUGUUGAGCAUCUUUGUCGCAACCUAUUGCAAGACGAGUCCAAGUUCUACCAGCAACUCAAGUCGUUGAGUCACACGGACGGGCUCAUAAAGACAUUGGCCACCCUCCACGAAGCCACAGAAGAAGUGAACGAGUUCCUCCUCCCGUUUGCCGAGUUUGCGCCAUCGCCAACAGCCAUAGCAAAGCCGGGUCGCUGGUUGUGGAAGUCAAUCACCUCACUGAAGAUGGAGAAAGAUCUGCCGCACAAGUUAAAAAGGCUGGAGCGGCUCAACGGCGAGGUGAUACGUGAGCUCACAGCCGUGGGAUUGCAAGUCCAGAUGGCGACACAUAAACUCAUGGCUGCGAACAACAGUCUCUCUAUUGAGGGAUUCGCCAGCAUUGGAGCGCAGCUUACUGAGCUCGCGGUGGGUGUUAGGACUCUCAGCCUGGCGGUUGCGCAGUCUCAACCUGUCGACAUUCGCAGCAACAGCUUCGACCAUGUCUCGGCCACCAGCUCCGCAGUAGAGCUCCUGGAUGACUGCGAUACGUGGUCGAACACUUCGUCUGAGACCUUUUCCGAGUCUUCAAUGUACAAGAGCUCAUGGCAGAAGGUGCCGUCUCAGUCUUCGACCUCACAAACAGUUGCCCAACGCAAGGAACAACUCCGACUUCACUUACAGCAGGGACUCUCGUCGAGUCUGACAGUCACUCCACGGGACACUCCUACUGACGCCCAUCUACACCUCGCACUACUCAGCAUACGGACCUUUUACACCAAGGGCAACUUUGAUCCAGAACCGCAAGUCCUGCAGCCGCGCUUCUGGAAGGACUGCAGCAACAGCAUCUACUUCUUCAAGAUUUCGGAUUUCCCAAAGGCUCGCAUGUUACUCCAGCAAUCGACUGCCAUGAACUCUGACGACAUUUUCUUGAAAGGAUCAGUCACCGCGCUUAUCGAGAUUUUGAGUGUCCUGUCACCAAUCAACACUGUCACCAACCCUGAUGUUCGCAAGACCAUGCUCCGUUAUCUUCAUGCUUUGGCGUUGCAGCAGCUGCCUCGUCAGAGUCCUAUCAUGGUUGUUCUGUCGAGGCUGCACGAAGGGAUGGAUAGCACAGAUUGGUCAAUGACAGCACUUACGUGCAUCGUGGAUCGCCUGUGCGCCAGCCUUGCUCCAUCUAAUGAGGUGAGGCUGCUGGCCCAAAGACGCCUCAUUGCCUUACUGCGCCGUAACAAGGAUUACGACGGGGCACUGCGCGUUUGCACCAAGGCCCUAGACGAUAUCAGAAAGGCAUCUGGACCAAUGUCUCUUCAGGAACGGAAAACAGCACGCUUGCUGGAGCACAUUUACAUGGACCAGGAGGACUGGGUGUCGGCUCUGGAGGUGUGCUUCGACAUUGUGGAGCAAAGAUUUGAUGAGACGACUGGGUUCAACCCGGAUCCUCAAUGCCAUGAUGAGUGCGCUGUGUGGACAAUGGAGGAUAUUGCAAAGAUAUACGAGAACAGCGGCAACCUGGAGGCUGCGAUAGCAUGGCUGAAGCAGGCACGGAUUAGCGGUGGCAUUUGCUGGGGGCCGGACGUGUCGCUGGGGCAUAUCCAUGAUAAACUUGUGGUGUUACUGGAGAGGUGUGAGCUGCAUGAUGAGGCGAAGCUUUGGAGUACUGCUUUUGGGCCGGCUAUGGUAUAGGUGGGAGGCGUUUGUGUAUUGGCAUAUGUUGAGCGGAGCGCAUGCAUUUGGAUCACGGGCUUUGCGAAUAUAUACAAUAGACUAC